GACAAGCAUUAUGCCGAUAAAAAAUUAACCACUAUAGGCACUAUUCAUUAAUAACUAAAUAACUAGUGUUACAAAAAUAAUUUGUUUAGUCGGUUUUAACUUUUUCGUCAUCACGAUUUACGCUAGUCGCUAACACUUAACUGAUAUUGUGCGAUAUCUUUUGGUAUGAUUAUAUGUACAAAAUAUUUUCAUAACAUUUGUCAAGUUACAUUUAUAUGAUGUAAUUACAUUACCAAAAUUAGUUAACCAACUACUAUAUCGUAUCAAAUGUAUUUCGUAUUUUAAUCAAUUAAACUCUUGCCUUCUUAUUAUUCCACUGGAAAUGUAUCUGUGGUGUGUUCAUUAUCAACUCGUUCGGCAACGCUGUUAGCACUUGGCCAAUGCCUAUUAAAACGAAGUUCCCAUUAGUUGUUCAUACGCCCAACAUCAUAUUACUUAAAUGUAAUGGAUAGCAGCAAAGUUGCAGGAAAACCAAAGUUUAUGAAAAGGAAAGCUGCGUUGAACAUUGCGUUUUGUAUAAAGAAGGAAAGAAAUGCAUCUAAUAAAAAGAUUUUAGAAAUAAUACAGAAACCUCUUUCUGAAAGGACAGUCGAUGAUCAAGAGAUACUUAAUACGUGCAAAGAUACAGUACAAAAAAUUACUCAAAGAUUGGAUAGGAAAAAAAAAGUUAAGGAACGAUUACAAGAGUUUGAAGACCCAGUGGAAGUUAUAGAUACAAAAUGUGAAGAAUUAGCGAAAGCCAUUUCAUCAGCAUCAAAUUUAGUAGUUUAUACAGGUGCAGGAAUAAGUACUGCUGCUAAAAUUCCUGAUUAUAGAGGAUCAAAUGGAAUUUGGACCCUAUUGGAUCAAGGGAAAGAUAUAGGGUGUCAUGAUAUAAGUGUAGCUGAACCAACUUUAACUCACAUGGCAUUAUAUAGAUUGUACCGUGAAGGACUACUUAGACAUGUUGUUUCUCAAAAUUGUGAUGGAUUGCAUUUGAGAAGUGGUUUGCCAAGACCCGCAUUAUCCGAAGUCCAUGGCAACAUGUUUAUUGAAGUAUGUAACAAUUGUAAGCCAAAUCGACAUUAUCUACGAAUGUUUGAUGUUACUGAACAUACAGCAAGAUUUAAUCAUAAAACGUUAAGAUUAUGUUAUGCUUGUCACAAACCUUUAAAGGAUACUAUUGUUCAUUUUGGUGAACGUGGUAAACUUCAAUGGCCAAUCAAUUGGUCGACAGCAUGUAAACACGCUGAAAAAACUGAUGUAAUUUUAUGUUUAGGAUCUAGUUUGAAGGUUCUAAAAAAAUAUCCUUGGCUUUGGUCUAUGGACAGACCAUUAAAAAAGAGACCAAAAUUAUAUAUUGUGAACCUUCAGUGGACCCCAAAGGAUGAUCAAGCUACAUUAAAAAUAAAUGGUAAAUGCGAUGAUAUCAUGGAAAAAGUAAUGUCAAUUCUAAAUUUGGAUAUACCUAAGUAUCAACGUUGUCUAGACCCUAUAUUUCACCAUGCAACAAUGUUAGUAUCGUCCGAAGAACAUACAACUGUACAUCCAGUUUUGGCUGGUCCGACCGAUGAUGUUAAAAGUGAAACAACUAUCACAGAAAAAUGCGAAAAAUUUGAAUUAGAUAUAAGUAAUUAUAUAAACAAUGCCAAAUUGUGUUCAGGAUCAAAUGACCUCACUCAACCUAUUGAUCUCAAUAGUUUAGUUAAAUUAGAAAACCCUGCUUCUAUAGAAGAUCAAAAAGAAUUUUUAAGUUCUCCUUCAUGUUCAAACAUGGAUCUAGUUUCAUCAAUCAGUAAUUUUUGGCGGCCUUUUAUUGAAGGCAUCGAACAACAUUCAUUAGAUAACCCAAACAUGUUAUCAUUAGUCGAUCCAUUAGUGCCCUAUUUGAAUCCAUUCUUUAUAAAUAAUAUGGAAACAUUAGGUUUGUCUCCAACUCCUGUUGAUCAGCUUUAUAAGAACUUUGUGUAUCAAGCGUGUAUAAGCUUAGCAGCUGUUGAAAAACUUCAGUUAGAGAAAAAACAAUCUAAUAGUCCGGACAAAAAAAGUAUUGAUAUUAAAGAAGAUAAAGACGACUCUAAAAAGACAGAUAUCUCGAUCAGUCGUUAUUGUACUUUUUGUCAUCCAGUUUAUGGCUCAACAAAAUGUUUGUUUUAUCAUCGAUAUGAAGAAACGUUUAAAGAUAAUAUAACAACUUGUCUAUGUUGCGAUGAAGAGUCCGAAAAUGAAGAUGAGAAUGAAAUGCAGACUGAUGAAAUAGGUGAUAAAAAUGAUGAAGUUAUUGAAAAAACCAAAGUAACUGCUGGUUGGUUUGGAAAAGGAUAUAAAAAAAGAAUAAAGAAAAAAAAAUAAAUGAAUAGUAUUUCUUUGAUUUUUUUUUGGUUUCACCUUACAGUAUUUAAUUCAGUGGUUUGUUAAUCAUUAAUUAUUAUAAUGUGUUUCUCAAUAGUGGGAAUAUUUUCGUGUUCAAAAAAUAAAAUAUUUUUUGCCUUGGGUCUUGAAGCGUAAUCUGAGACUCAAAAUUGGGUUAAUAUAGGUGAAGGGGAACUAUUCCUAUUAAUGAAUUAUUGUUUCCUACAAAAUAUGUUUUCUCUUUUGUAACAAGAAUUAUUAUUUCAUAUUUAUUACAAUUCAUUUAUUGUAUAUGUCUAACAAAAUAUUCAACUAAUUGUUUAAUACAUUCAAAUUAUAUCAUUUCACCAAGCAUACAAAUUAUAAACAAUAGAACAUCAUUUUAAUAGUUAAGUUAUAUUUUAAGUUUACAUUGUAUAAUUUAUUAAUUUCAUUCUAUGUUCUAAAUAUUUUUAAAUUAUUUUACUACCACUUUAUGGGUUUUAUGUGUCUUUUAUACUAUUACUUCAAUAUUUAUGUUGUUAUUUCCUCCCUACACUUUAUUAUAAUAUAGAUAUAGACUUACAAUUUUUAAUCUUAGGCUUUAA